CUGUACUUUAAUAAUUUUUCUGAUUGUUUUGUUUUGAUCAAUACAGUGCGUAAAUAAAUUACAAAAAAUUAAUCAUAAUAGGCCGAGAAAAGUUAAAAAGCUAUUAAAUGGCUACUACGACGUCUGGCACAGCGGACAAUUUAAGCGAAAUACCCGUCUCGAAUCCAAUGCAAAAUCUACCCAUUGAAUUACAAAACGACCAAAAACGUAGAAGCUCUUCACGUUCCAUUAAACGUAAACGUUUUGAUGACGAAAUUGUGGAGUAUAGUAUAAACUUACAAUCUCGAAGCGAUCAAUCUAGAGGUGGCCGAUUACGUACAACUUCACAAACUUAUUUGCCAUCUGUGCAGCCGCCACCACCUCCUCCUCCAGUACCAAUAUUACAGCAAACUACUGUCUCUACACCAGUUUCGACUUUAACAACAACGGCACCACCAGAUUUGUUAACAAAUAGUGAUAAAUCGAUUGUAUCUGUUGCAAGUACUGGAGUCACUGUGCCUCCAGUAACUGCUGCUGCUGUUGCUCCAGUUGCGGGUUCGCUUACACAACAUAAUGUAGUAAGUAUGGAUAGACCCUCGAAUUUUAUGACAAGUGAGAGAAAACGACCAGCACGUUCUCAACAGAAGAGAACUCGUAAAUCUGGUCGCCCUCCUAGUCAAGUGACAACAAAAGAUUUGGGCCGAUGGAAGCCAAUAGAUGAUUUGGCCUUAAUAAUUGGUAUAUUGCAAACAAAUGAUUUGCGUAUGGUUCAUAGAGGGACAAAGUUUUCGUGUAAAUUCACUUUGUCAGAAUUACAAGCGCGCUGGUUUUCUUUACUGUACGAGCCGGCAAUUUCGCGUAUUGCUGUUGCCGCUAUGCGCAAUCUGCAUCCAGAAUUAGUGGAAUCGGUUCAAAGAAAAGCUCUAUUUAGCAUACAAGAAGAGGAAUUGCUAAGCAACAUAAAAUCGACCGAUAAUCCCAAAUUGGAACAAUUUCAAGAGUUGUUGGACAAAAAUGCUUCGGUGUUUUAUAGUGCUCGUACAGCCAAAUCAUUACAAAAUCAUUGGCAAAUGAUGAAACAAUAUCAAUUAUUGUCCGAUCAGGUAGUUAAACCUCUUCAUAUUAGCGAUCAACCAUUAAGUUUCUCCGAUGCUGAAGAUCUAAUUUUGGACGCUGAGUUAAACGAUCAAAGAGAUGAAGCUUUGGAAAUCGAACUGUCAUUGGCUGAUCGGCAAAAUAAAAGGGAGAUACGUUUGUUGGAAAAUGAACUUAGCCGCUGGAAUGUUUUGGUCGAUUCCAUGACUGGGGUUGGCAUAGCACCGGAAUUCGAUGGUCAAACAUUGGCCGUUUUACGAGGUCGUUUAGUAAGAUAUCUUAUGCGUUCAAAGGAAAUUUCAUUUGGUCGUGAUGCCAAGGAUUGUGUGGUUGAUGUCGAUUUGUCUCUCGAAGGACCAGCCACCAAGAUUUCACGAAGACAAGGUACAAUUAAAUUACGCAGCAAUGGCGAUUUCUUUAUAGCCAACGAAGGUAAGCGACCCAUAUUUAUUGAUGGUGUUCCUUUAUUGGCUGGCAACAAAACGAGAUUGGCAAAUAAUUGUGUUGUGGAGAUUUCUGGACUGAGAUUUGUAUUCUUGGUUAAUUAUGAGCUAAUUAACGCUAUACGACAUGAAAGUGCUAAAACUACAUCGCCACUUAAUUGAAGGAUUUAUUUCUUUUUUUGAGUUAUAUAUAAAAUACUUUUUUUAAUAAAAUAUACUAUGGAUUUUAUCUAAAUGUCCUAAGUAUCUAA